AACUGUCGUGUUGGGUGUGUGUAAAGUGGUGUGUUGGGUGUGUGUAAACAGGUGUGUGCAAGAGUAUGAGCUACAUUCCUUGUAUGCCCACCAUAACGUUAGCAAGGUGUGAGGCGAGCGAGCUAUGAUGAGCAGGUUCAUAUGAUAGUAAUAACAACUGAACUUCCACCUUCUUAGGCCUAUCACUCAACUUUCCUUGAGUCUACGUCAAAACACCUCGAGCAGCUCCUGGGUUGGUGGUGGUUCGUCCCGCAGGAGAGUGAUGGGCGGGGAAUGUGUGGACAAGCAGAAGUAGGGCCGAGGCUGUGAACGUGGUGUCGUGCAAGAGCCAGACAGAGAAAGUAUGACAGCACACUUCCAAAUGGACUGGAAAUAUCAUCCAACACUUUUAUUGGGGGAAGGGGGGUUGUCUGAGUGUACCUUUAUUUUGGUGGCGAGGGGGGCGCGCGACCCCUCUCCAAGGGGGUGAGGGGGGGGGACGCCGUCUCCCAGCGGUGCGGUUAAUUAGUUUACCAAUGAGUAUAUUAUAUAUAGACAAUCAUUCAUAAAAUAAUACGGAAUUAAAUGUUUAAUUGUAAUAUAUAAUAGGUUUAGAAAAUAACAUUUGAUCAGCAGUGACAUCAGUAUGUGGGCUACCUUACCUUGUGGUGGUCCCGAGGAUCAGCGUCUCCGCGGCCCGGUCCCCGACUGGUCAACCAGGCUGUUGGGUGCGGCUGCUUGCAGCCUGACGUUGGAGGUGUUUAUCAAGUUCUCUCUUGAACACUAGUGGCGAGGGGUUGACCAGUUAUGCCCCUUAUGUGUAGUGAAUGUCUCCAGCUCUGUAUGGGGGUUGUUGGUAUACAACAGUACUGCACCCUAGGGAGCACUAUUGUCUUGAAAAGUAUCACUCAACUUCACCAGCGGUGACUCCACCACCAGGGCCACCAUCCCUCGUGGACCGUGUUUCCCCACCUUAAUACACCAAGAAAAAUGGAAGUCCGCCUCGCGUAGCGGAGCCAAUGUUAAACUGUGAAGAAUAAGUGUGUCGGCUGCCAUGUUCGUACACCAUGCUCCUCUGGCUGGGUGGUGGCAGCUGUGAGCCUAGCAGCUGUGUGGUGGCAGCUGUGAGCCUAGCAGCUGGGUGGUGGCAGCUGUGGUAGACCGAGAACACACAACAUGUUCCAUCAGUACCUCUACCAUCAUCUUAACGAUGUCUCUCCCUCAGCGCUGUUGUUCCCGGCGGUGAACCCCCGCCGGCGGUUCCUGAUACACAAGACUGUGGAGGAGCACUUCCCCGACCUGGCCACCGUCAGCGUUGGUCAGGACGAUCAGCGGCGCACAGCAGUCACCUUCAGGAACCCCCGGCGACCCUCCUCUCCCAGACCUAAGUGUAAGACUGCCAGUACGUCGCCCCAGCAGCAGCAACACCAGCAGCAGCAACAGCAGCAGCAGCAGCAACACCAGCAGCAACAGCAGCAGCAGCAACAACAACAACAACAACAACAACAACAACAACAACAACAUCUGGGCAAGCUACCUCAACGACAGACUAGUCAAGAAAAUAAGGCGACAAAAACGGUAGAGAAAAUCGCCACAAAAGAAGAGAAAUUACCACAGGAAAGACAAGACACAAAUGAAGAAAGACAACAAGGAUCCAAACCACAUAAAGAUGAGAGUGAACCAGAGAAGCAGGUAAGAGAGAAGAAGCCAGAGUUGAGGCGGCAGCAGAGUCAAGAAUCGGGGCAGAGAGCAGCAGGCGGAGGGGAAGCCGCAGCCCGGACGCAGGCAGGGCGGGAGCAGCGAGGGGAAGACGGCAGAGAGCGGCGGCAGGCGGGACGACCCAGGAAUAACCGCAGCCGCAGCAGUAGUCAGUCUUUGUCACGAGGCGGGGGAGCAGCAGGGGCCGCACGCCCCGACAAUACCCAACAUGUGAAGGACAACACAGAAGAAACACAAAGCAAGAGGAGGAGGAACAGGAGAAACAAACGCCAGAAAGACAGAGUGGACCAAAGUAAAAACUUACCACAAGCAACUAGUGAUAAAACCAAUGAGUGUGAAAUAGAGGGAAAAAGCCCAGAUGCAAAAAUUAAAACGUUACAAAGCCCAAGUGGUACGGAGAGUGAACACCGUGUGUUUGAUGGUGAGGACACAGUAGUGAAGGUAAACGGAAAUGAUGAGUACAGUGAGAGUGUCAAAAGUACUGUGAGUGAGGGAGGGAGACGGAAGAAGCUCAAGUCGUACGGUGAUAACGACAACGGGAAGGACGACGGAGACUCCUGUAGCAAGAGUCGUCGUCACCAGCACCACCACCACCCCAGAUUGUCUCCCGAAUCUAAAAAAGAAAUUGGCGAAGAAGAUCAGUGUUGGUCAUCAAGCAGCAGUGUUCCAGAGAACAUGCCAGUAACCAUGCCUCCAGAGCAGUAUGCCGAUAGUAAUCGUCGUCGUGGUAAAGCAGCUGCACAGAUCUACAGACCACCACCUGCACGUAGCACAAGAGAAGAUAACACUUCCUUUCAGCAGCAACAACAGUAUUUCUACCAUCAACAGUCAUAUCAACACAGACAGCAACACUUUCCACAUCAACAAUUUAAUACUUAUCAGGAUCCUCACAGAAAUCAAUACCCACAGGAAAACCAUUAUCAACAACAAGCCAAUCAUCAUCCAUACCAAAUACCGUCUAGCAGACAAAGAACUGACAGUGAAAGCAGCAAUGUGACUACUGGGGGAGAUUAUUUGAAUAAAGGAAGAGGUAGACGACCGGAUCAGGUAUUGUAUAUACCCCGAGGAAGGCGUCAUGGCCCUACAGACACAGGUUCUGCGCGUGAAACGCCCACACCCAUGCAUGACUAUGAACAUAUCCCAAGACCUCCAUCUCCUGCAUUAUCAGUAUGUUCUGUUGUUUCAGAAUUCAGUGGACAAAAUAGAUAUAACAAACAGGGAAGCUGUCAAGGUAGUCAGUUUUCAGUAUAUGACGGUGAAACAGAAAAAGUGAGAGGAAAGCCUCCAGUUUCUAAGGGAGAUUUAAGUAGAGAAUUGACUCCAGGUUAUGGUAGAAACAAAGGUGGAGGACGGUUUAAUUCUCAAACACUCCAGUUAAUUGAACGCUGUCUAAAUCAAGAUUCUGAAACAAGACAUAAUGAGCAUUCCCAUUGGGAAAAUGAUUCUGUUAAUAAUUCUCCUUCACCAAAGAAUAGUAAAUUGCUUAGCAAUAAUGUGGGUAGUGCGCAGAAGAGUCCUACCCCAACCCGAGAAAUUCACAGUGUGCAUAGUAAGGAAAAUGUAGUUCAUCCAGUUGAGUCUAGUCAACGGUCAAGAAGGAGCAGAAGACAUCGUAGGAGACAUUCCCAUAGUAGAGAACCUAGUGUUGACCAUAAUAAUGAUGCAGACAAAAAUUUAGGCACAAAAGGUUCUGUAUGUCAUACCUCAAACAAUAGGGAUCAGUUUAAUAAUGGCCAAGGGGAUAAAGGGUUUGGUAGUUGUGAGCGAGUUUUUUACAACAGUAACUACAACACAACUCCUGAACGGUAUGACCGAGGUUAUGACAACUACGACCGUUACAGUAGUAUUAAUAAUAGUCGUACUCAUAGCCGCAAUUCAAGCCGUGAACGAACGCCUCAGCAGAGUCCUAGUCACAACUGGAGAGGAGGUUCAAAUCCAGGAAGUCCUGCCAAAGGAUCUGUUAUAUAUUAUCAUACUAGAAAUUCACCCGGCAAACCACCCACUGGAAGACUUGGCUCAUUACCAAAUGUUGCAUUGGAUUUUGGUGAAAGUACAAAAAGUCCAACAAAAAAAGUUAUUGAGGAAAAUAAGAGAUGCCAUACCUUACCAGUUAAGCAUCACAAAACUCCUGGUAGUGGGGCUCGUCCAUGUUCUGUCGAUUUAAAAAUUUUAGAAAAUAGUUAUAGUAGUUGUAGUAUAUCUGAUCCGAUAGAUCAUAGUUCAUCCAGUGAAAUAAGUAAAAAUGUCUGUCAUGAAAUGGAUCAAGAAAUACCUAAUAAGUUACAUCAAGGCAGUGAUGAUACCCAUGGAAAAAAUAACCACAAGAAUACUGAUGAACUUUCUCCACAUACCAUCCAGAAUUCACCUAUAAGCAAUAAAAGAACUCGAUUGAAAAAUGAAAUUGAAGAAAAUUUGAAAAUUGAAGAUUCCUUCACCAAUUCUGUUGACUUAGGUCAAUCUGUGGAAUCAUCAGAUUACAAGGAAAAAAGUAUGGAAAAUGUUCCAAAUUCUAGCAUCUUAAACAAUCAACAAAAUACCUCUGAGUAUGAAGUCUCUGAUCUUCAGACUAGUGGAAUAAUUUCUGAAGAGGAAGUCUUCUAUGAGGCUAAAACUGAAGAAACGGCUACAGAGUCGACCGAAGAUUCAACUGAGGAAAUGACCUCUGACAAUGAUGCCAAAGAAACUCACAUUGAGAUUAAAGAACUAGGGACUGAAGAAAAGGAAGAAAAGAAGAACCUCAAGAAAUUUUCCUUCAACUGGGCUGAUGAAGAAGAAGAUUCGUGGGACAACCUAUACGAUGAUGCUGGGGAAUGCCUUGAUCCUGAUAUCAAGCGUCAGCUUACUGAUACUAUUGGAGAUGUGAAGUUAGAGAAACCAGCAAAUGAUUAUUAUACCUUUGAGCCCAAAGAGCCUCUAAUAAAUGAGGAAGAGUAUGCACACGUCAUAGAGAUAUAUGAUUUUCCUGUCUCUUUCAAAACUCAAGAUUUGAUGAUGGUUUUCAACACAUUUCAAAAUACUGGCUUUGACAUAAAAUGGGUGGAUGACACCCAUGCACUGGGAAUAUUUCCAACUGGCCUUGUUGCUGCUGAGGCUCUUGAUGUUGACCACCCUUUUUUGAAGACUCGUUCACUAGCUCUGGCUACAAAAUCAUCGAAGGCCAAAGCCAUGCGCAUCACCGAGGCCCUUUUGCCAUACAAGCCCCGUCCUGCCACCUCUGCAUCCCUAGCUCGGAGAUUAGUGUCUGGUGCUCUUGGAUUGAAGGUCAAUAUUUCACGAGAGGUUCGUGAAGCAGAGAAACAAAAACUUAAAGAUGCCAAAGCACGCAAGAGGUUAGCAGCAAAGCAGCGGUUGGAUGCUUGGGAAGGAACGUUAACGUGACAUAAUGGUUGUAAUGCUCUUACUUCCUGACUCAUGUGAUAUAGUGUUGAUAAUUUAUUGAUGAAAAUAAAUAUAAGAUAAAAAAUAUAGGUUCCUCAUCAAAUCUGAAUUUUUAUAUAACUGUCCAAAUAUUGUAGGUUGUUAUUUAUAUGUAGGAGUGCAUUUCUGAUAAUAAAUUUUUGUAAUUUUCCACUAAUGCAAAAAUAUUUCAGGAACUACAUUUGUAGAAGAUAUUAAACCAGUCUUCUAUAAUUGUGACUUGCAUUAAAGUAAUUAAUGUGUAAUACUCUAUAACCUAUUGAUAUAGGACAUGCCAAUUUAAAAGUAAUUUAAAUGUGUAAUGUUAUAAUAAGUGAAAUUGGAUCUAUAACAAGACUAAGCACUUAAUGCAGAUGGUAAUUUAUGGCACUGUAAAAUUAGUUGUAAUUUGUAAGAUAAACAUUAUAUCUGUGAAUUUUCAGUGUGUUGAGUAUAACUUAAUACACCAUUAAAAAACCCAGUGUGUCGAAUGAAAUGAAAAGCCAAUUUCUGGAUGAGCCCCGGAGGCUCCCUGAAUCUACUAUCACUGAUAGUGUACCAACUACUAGGUCACAUCAGCCAUGAAGUUCUGUAGGGCGUACUGGAGACAGAGCCAGAACCUGGUCCGCUCACAGAGGUGCAUGGAGCAUACCAUACCCAGAAAGUCGGUAAAACUAAACAGACCAUAGCUGGUUUUAGAAAAGACCAAAACCUCAAGAACCACCAGAAGAACUCCCUCGAGAACUAGUUUUAAAACCUUUUGAUCAUUUAUUUACAUUCUUCAGGGAGUUCUUCUGUCGGUUCUUAAAGCUUUGGUCUUUUCUAAAGCCAGCUGUGGUUUGUUUUGUUUUGCUGACUUUCUGGGUGCCUUUCCUGUGAUGACAUAAUAAAUAUAUAAAUGCCACUACUCCCUAUGCAUGUAUGAGAGGACCAGGUUCUGGCUCUUGGCCCCCAGUAGUCCAUAUAGAAUUCUGUGGCUGAUGCGAUCUAGUAGCUGGCACAUUAUCAAUGAUAGUAGCUUCAGGGAGUCACUAGGGGCUUUCCCCAGAAAGGAUAGAUGAUGUAGAUAAUUAAGAUUAAUCUUGCAUAUAAAUAAAUUCCAUGACAGUAUGACUUUUGAGUGUAAUAGUUUCUGGCUCAAAUUGUUGAAAACAAGAUUUGGUGUUGUUUUUAUUGGUCCUAAUUGUACUCGAGUUACAAUUAGAAUUAUGCUACUUAUUUGAAUGGUCACCAAAAUUAAUUUAUCAGCCAGUGGAAUGUACAUUUGGCCAGCUAACUACCUCAGUAACCUGAGGCGGACUUGACCCGCAAAUAUGUACCUGCUACCUCAGUGCUCCACUGACCAGUCCAAUGCUGCUCCCAGUUAGUAGUUACAGAUAUAUAGAGAAGUGCCUGAGGUAUGACUUCCAGCAGCCCUACUUGUAUAUUAUUGGUAUCUUUACUUUUCAUUAUAUUUUAAGACAAAAUAAAUACAGUAUACUGUAGUGGUAUCUGUGUACAAUGUCUAAAAUAAAUAUAUAUAUAUAUAUGUAUACCAUGAAGGAAAGUGAAACAUGAAAUAAUUUUUUGUUGUAACACACCCUUGGAAGAAAUAAUAAGACAAACCAAUAUUGUACUGUAUAUUUACAAGGAAUGAAAAUUGUGUAUAUUAUUGAAUCUGCUAUGAUAUAUGUACAUCACAGUAUCAUGUACAUUCUGAUUACAUUUUCAAUUUGUUUACUAAAAAAAAAUGAAGAGCAUUACUGGACAAGUAUUCCAGUAAGGUGCAUCAUCCAUGAAAGGUGACAUGACCUUAUUCCAGCUUAUAUCCUACACUUAGUUUUAUUCCUUACAGUGUAUGCUUCUACACUUAACCUGUCAUUUUCAUCAUCAUUCUAUAUAUAAAGUACUGUGCUGUAUACACAGAAAUCAUAAUAACGUGAUAUAUCAAAUACAAAUACAGUACUGUCUUUUUCUCCCAUUUAUCAUUACAACUACUACUGAGGAUGUGUUAAAAUAGACACUAAUUCACUCGAAUAUUAUCAGUUUGAUUUUCAAAUAGCCAGAACUGCACUGUCAACCCUUGUAUUUUUUAAUUGUCUUUUAAAAUUCUGAUUUUAAUGAAAUGAACAGAUUGAUAAUAAUUACUAAUUUAUUUAGGCAUAAUUUUCCAUUGCUUAGGCAGGUUACUAAGUUAGUUUUGCUUCAAAGUAAAUGUAAUCUAUAUCACAUACAGUAAAUUAAUUUUAAAAUAUCUAUCAAAACUGACAAUUUGUUUAACUUUUUAUAUUUAAGGAAUUUUGGCUUGUUAGCAAACUUUGGCUAUUAGUUACAGUAUAUGAACAACACCCAGAUAUUGUACUUAUACUGUUUAUACAUACAUAGUUUCAUA